GUCAAGUAUCCGAAAUUCUGGUUCUGAAUUCGCUGUUGGCCUGUCCAAGAAAUAUUUCGGGGAUUUUUGUUGGUUUCGUCCUGCGUCAAUUUUGAUGACCCCAAUUUUCCCCUGAUAAAGCAUAUCUUCACAUCAACAAGUCUGCUGUCACAGAGGUGUAGUGGUGACAGGGAUGUGGAAAAUAGUGAGGCUUCUCGGUUGGUGGAGUUGAAGAUUUCUGGUAACAGCAUAAUGAGAAAGGAGGUUGUCAUGAGGCCAGCUAUGCCCUAUAGACCAUCAUUGUAUGGUGAGGCUGUGCCCUGUACCCCACUAUGUCACCCUGUGUCAAGGGCCCCCCCAUGGGUCUAUGAUAGUCCUCGCUGCUGGACUUGGUCUAGCCCCCCUGUAGGUGUCAAAUGUAGACCUGUGCCCCCCCAACUGGGUGGGGCAGCAGCAGCCAUGAUAUCCUGCCCUUGGGGUCUUGGUGGCAAUGUCUGGGAAGUUUAAGGGGCGUAGGGCUCCAUAGUGGGGUUACCUGAUCAUGUCAUGACCUGCUGACCUAGAAACAUCAUAACCUGCUUCUUAACAACCUCUCGCAGACUACUACAGCUUCAUCGCUGCAGCACACAGCAUUUUCAUUCGUCGAUGGAUGAGCAAAGCCUUAGUCUUUUUCAUUUACAUGGAUAUAAACGAAGCCCUCAAGUCUCAGCAGAAGAUGGAAGAUCUUCCUUCAGUUACUGUUUGCAGCACAAGAAAUGUUUCUGAGGCUCAAGUGGCACCUGACUUCAACCAGUGGCUCGUCCUCAACAGCGAAACUGAAGAUGACCGUAGAUGGUACUAUGUGUUCUUUCUCUUAUGCUGUGCAAUGAAGCCUUGUGUUUUGUUCUGAAAUACACUGGUGCCUAGCAUUCUCAUCUGAAAUACAGUGGUGCUGUACAUUCUCUUCUGAAAUACAACGGUGCCUUGCUUUCUCUUCUGAAUUACAAAUAAAGUUCACGUCCCCUUCGAAAAUUCUACGAAACCUUGUGUUAUCUUCUAAAAUACAACGAAGCCUUGUGUUCUCUUCUGAAUUACCUAUUCUUGAAUUGUGUGCAUCCACAGUCUUUCAGAGUGAGACUCUGGAAUUUCUUUGGAAAUAGAAGUAUAGUUUUCUACCCAUAGCAUCUGUCGUUAAAGCAUGACCACAGAUUUGUACUUGGGAAAACCAGUUGGAGCUAACUCAUAAUACCUAUCUGAAAAAUCAUAAGCUGCAAGUAGCUUUUUCGUGUUUCUGUAUUCUGGUGAUGGAAAGAAAAUAUAUUCCAAAGUUACAGGCAAUGGAAAAUGUCUUACGGCCUUCGGAUGUCUCGAAUUUUUUAUCAUUAGAUGGAGUCUCGACACAAGUUUUUUCUCCAGCAUUUUUGUCUUCAUGGUUCAGAAUUUUGUUCCAUUUGGGUUGACCGGACUGUGUAGUCCUCUUCCUGUGAUGAUUAAGAGAUUGCCAUCUUGUCUCACUAAUCAUAUCAGCCCUCCAUUUGGAUUUCUGCCAGCAAACACUGUCAACAUUUUCAUGCUCUGCAUUGAUUGUAUGAAAAAGGAUGCUCCAAAGAUGUGUAUUUCCAUAUAAGAAGCUACCUAAGGAAGAGGAAGAUACCCUUUAGAAGAGUCAGCCUUCAGAAGAGUCACAUACACAGUUGUAUGCAAGGCAUUGGAAGGAAUCAGCUGAUGAAGAAUGUUUUAGUAUUCAUUGAACUGUAUGAAUACACUUGGAAGAAAGCCAGACGGACUACAUGUUAACUCUGCAUCAAGUCUGCUGAAUAGGCGAUGUGCCAUAUCAAGAGGCCAUGAAUAUUUCGACACUGACUCAUCCAUUUUUGCUGCUGCUGUUUGCAUCAUCAAUGAAGGUUUCCCCCAGACCAAAUGCUUUACAAAAUCCUACAUUCUGAGUCUUCUUUGUCCCUAUUUUGGCCUUUUUAUUUAUUUAUUUAUUUUUUUUUUAGUUCUAUCCUUUCUGGAAAGAAGGGAUUUUUUUUACCUAAUUUAUGGGAUAACAAGUCUUGUCAGUAUUUUGUGAUAUCACAAUGCUAGUCCUAAAUUGCGUGAUGGACCUAGAACUUUUGUUUUUAUGGUAGUCUUUCAGAUAAUAAAUUAUGUACAAAGGAAAGCAGAAGACAAAGCGAGUCACUUGAUUUACUCUCCUUUGUAUUUUUAAAUUUUUAAUUUUUAUAUCUUUUUUGCAGUUUUGAGAGUACAGAAUUCCUCAAACUUGUAUUUAAAAGCUCUCUUAAGAUUAAAGAAAUGUGUUGAUAUUCCUUUACUUUUUGUAAAGAUAAAAUGUAUGAAGUUAUCAGAAACUUACAGAGCAGAGCAUUAUUUUCUCGUUCGGUACGCAAAGUAGGAGGACUAGUAUUGGUGGGAUGUCAUUUCUUAGUGACAGAUUAUUUUACAAAAUUUUUUAAUUAACUUUCCAUACCAUUCAUUCUGUUCAGUUUUUUUUCAUUAUUGUACUCUUUAUCAUUACACUGUAGAAGGAAAGGUUUUACAGCAGAAAAUAAGAAGGCAAACAGUAAAGAAUUUCUGCGCAUAACCCUCGUGCGCCAUCGCUCAGCAGGAGGUGAAGUUCUAAGAAGCAUAAAGUGGUUUCAGGUCUCUCUACCUUGUGUUAUAUGUAAAGAUGCAGUUUAUUCUUUGUUUUGCAUUUAAAAAGUGUGUAGCAAUAUUUGAAGAUGUGUUAAUUUUUGCCUUUUUAUGGAUGUAAGGUGUUGGUGUAAAAGUGUUGAUGUGGUGAUAACACAUUUAGUUUACACAUAGUGUUGCUGCUGCCGCCGCCACCGCUGCUACUGCUGAAGGUGGCCUGGGGCAACCAGGAGUUGCUGGACGAACAGGUAUGAAGGGGCAGCAUUUCCAGUUCCUGGCUGUUCAGGACCGAAAUUGCUGCUGCUGCUGCUCCUAUGAGAGGCAGCAAGGGGAAUAAAAAGAAAGAAAGAGAGGGAUCAGGAAAGAUCCAAGGUUUCUUGGAAGCUUUGGAUCUCCCUGGUCCUGCUCUGCCUUCAUACAGGUAUAUGUUUUCCCUCCCCUCAUCCUGUACCUCCUCCUCCCCUGGCUGUGCCCCCUCCUCCCCAAGCAAGGCCUGAUCACUCAGCAGCAGCAGGUAAAUCCUGGAAGUCAGUGGGAGAUUUAUUCGAAGCCAGUGUUGUGGCAGCAGGGUCCAGUUGGGUCAGGCUCGGCAGCUCUGUGUUGCUGCCAGUGUAACAGCUCCGACCACCACCACCUUCAUCUGUUCUACAAAAUGAGUCAUCCUCCAUCAUCCCCCAGGUGGUGCCCGAAACUCUUCUGACCCAGCGCCCGUUUGUGUUCCUCUUUCGCAGAGUGGUGUGGGCUCUUUGCUCGUACUCCUCUCACUCUAGCUGCGACUGGUCCCGCUGACCUUGCUUCCUUACUCCACCUUAACAUCGCAUCAUGUAACUUCCUCCCAAAGCUUCAAGAGGUUCAUCUGCAAGAAGAUGCAUCAGUAUUCAUUGCAAUAAUAAUGGUCUUCAUAGUUUGUUGUUAGAAUAAUUACCCAAGAUGUCUGAGAGAUUCAACCGUCCAAGAACUCCUCCUGGCCCUCCUCCAUCCUCAAACUCCCGCAAAUCCUCUGGCCGAGGACCAGCCUCUUCCUCUGCCUCCUCCAAGUCACUACCCCCAAAGUCGUACAGUGACCGCUCAUUUGAAAAAUAUGACAAAACCUACACCAAGUCCUCCGGGUAUCAAUCCUCCAAGGAUUAUCCUGAUGAGAAGUACAAAGGUGGCAAGUUGAAUGAUAAAGUGACGGGUUCAAAAUAUGUCUCAAAGAGUGUUUAUAUUGAUGAUAAUUUCAAAGUGGGUUCCAGUCAUUAUUUAGCCUCUCAGAGGUAUGGUGAAAGCAAGGAUGGUUAUCCAGCUAAAUACUCUGAUAAAGGGAGGUAUGGCUCUGAUGAUAAAUAUGCCAUGACAAGCUCGGCAGCUACGUCCGCUACUAGUCAGUAUGGCGGUAAGAAAUAUGACGAUUACAGCUCAUACCCAGAUAAAACAAGCAGGUAUCCCAAGCAGGAUAGUGGCAGUUCGUAUUAUGGAAGUUCCUAUGAGAAUUAUGGCUCCUACGAUGGGUAUGGUGCUGACAGACACCGUGGUGGUGGUGGUGGCUAUGGUGGUGACCAUGUAGGGGUGGGUCCUAUGAGUUUCAGUGGUGGUAGUCGCCUUGGUGGAGGUUAUGGGGCCGACAAAAUUAGUGGUGGUAACUUGGGAUAUGGAGGAGAUAAACUGGGUAGAGGUGGUGGGAGUAAUUAUGGAGGAGAAAAGCACGGACGAGGAGGAGGAAGUGGAUAUGGAGGAGAGAAGCAUGGAACAAGUAACUUGGGUUAUGGAGACACCAAGUCUGGUGUGGCAGGAGGACGUUCCAGGUUAUAUGGAGAUGAUGAUCGGCGUGUCUAUCGUAACUCUUACUCUCCUUCCCGAACUGCCAGAUCUGACGUGAGGAGUUAUGGUGGAACGUACGACGAUUACAGCUACGGCUCCUCGUCCUCCACACGAUCAACUGAGAAGCAGUAUCUUGACAGGUAUGUCAUAGGAGAUAGCGUCGUUUAUGGUCCUCCUGGUCAGUACCCACGUGACUUGCAGUCCUCGUCUUCCCCUGGUCGGCGUCCUCCCAGCCCACCAUCUCCGCCACUGCUCAGUCGCAACAGCUACAGUAGAUAUUCCACUACUAGUCCAAGGCGUUAUUCAUCUGGAAGGAGAAGUUUAACGCCAACAGCUUCAGCAUAUCGAUCACUGUCCCCAUCCAGUCGUAGACCUCCCUCACCCCCUUCUAGGAGGCCACCUUCGCCUGAUAGUUUGUAUUCUCGGGGACGAGACAGAAGUUAUGAUUCAGGACGGUCAAAGGAUGGAAGAUAUAGUAGUAAAGCUGCAACCUCAAGAAGUCCUGUGAGGGACAGCACCAGAAAUGUCUCCGACAGAAGAGAUGAUGGACGCUUAAGAGUUGAUGACCGAAACAGGAGAGAUACUGACAAGAGACUAGGCUCUCGAGAGAAAGACUCUUUAGACUCCAACAAAAGACCCAGACUAGGGGACCAUCGAAUGUGGACUAUCACAGCACCAGCAGUACAAGAGGCUGGGGUAAAGAUGGCUAUGGACAAAGAGAUGAUCGAAAUCACAACUCACCUACUCGUAAUGCCCGCAGGGAUAAGAACUGAUGGUGGUAGCAACAGGGACAGGGGCGGGAGAAGAAUUGAAGAUCGACUGAGUAUUAAUCCUCCAUCAGGUUCUAGGAGGAGCCCUGCUGCUAGACCUCGAAUGGGUCGUAAUGCUGCCUCGCCCAGAGAUGGGAACAAUAAGAAGCCCAGCAAUUUCAGGAGACCGGAUGACUUGAGAUUGUGGAUUGAGUCCAGGAAGAAUGAGGGUGGUAAGAAAGGAACCUCCCAGGGCCAUGGCCGCCCUGUUGGAAAAGGUGCUGCAGCAAGGUCAGGGGAUCGCUCAAAAUUGAAGAGACCUCGUCUAGGAGACCCAAAGAGGCGCCUGGGAGGCAACAAAGCCAGGAGGACAGGUGGACCAUUAAGGAGAAAUAAAAUCUUGAAGAAAUAUAGACGACUGGCAGCAAAGAGAGGGAUGCGAAGCGGUGCUGGCAGUGGUGCUGGUAGCCGCAACAGCAAUCGCUCCAAUCGUGAGGGUGGAGGGAACCGCCGAGGUGAAGGAGGCGAAGGAGAUAAUACAGAGGAUGCAGAAAACAACAAGCCAGGCAGUACAGCCUCAAUCCACAGAGUAAUCAAGAAACCAAGUAGAGUGAGUCUCGAGAAUGACUUGGAGAUCCGGCCGAGAGUAAUGGGAAAGCGUACAAAGAAGCUUUUGAAAGACCCCAAGGAAGAGGAAGAUGGGAGUAGGACUCGACAUGAUCACCAAGACACACAUCCAUCACAUGCUUCACGAGAGGAGAGUUCACUAGAUGAAGAAAGCCAUUCCUCUUCAAGAGAUGAAGGGAAAUGGCCAUGGGGCUGCAGGAGGCGAACAAGAGCUUCCUUAUGAUUUGUUUGAUGUGUCAAAUAAAAUGUCAAUGUGAUGUGGCCAUAUAGUUGCCCCCUUGAGUAAAGGGAUUACAAAAUUGUUUAGCUACUAAGUGGGAUGGUAAUGUUGUGAGAUUUGGGUCUUUUGUCAUUU